AUGGACUCACAGAAGGUCUUAACAGGAAAUACCCUCGAGAAUGAAGAAUUCGGCCAAGAGAAAAGAUCGAAUACAUCCGACCACGUUGACGAUGCACCCGAUGGCGGAAUGAGAGCGUGGCUUGUAGUAGCUGGAGGCGCUGGAAUCUAUUUCUGUUGCAUGGGCUUCACGAAUUCAUUUGGAGAGUUUGUGCAGUACUACCUAUCACACCAGCUCCGUGACAGAAGCGCAGAUGAAGUUGCAUGGAUCGGGUCCCUAUCAGCUUUCCUCCAGUUUUCCAUAGGUGUCCUCGCAGGACCCUUAUUCGACCGGUUUGGCGCUUGGAUACUCCGGCCUGCUGGAGUCGCAUAUAUCUUUUCUCUCAUGAUGCUCAGCCUUUGUAAAGAGUACUGGCAGUUCAUGCUUGUUCAGGGCGUCCUUAUGGGUAUAACAAUGGGCUUCCUGCAAAUUCCAGGAAUAGCCGCGGUGUCACAGUACUUCGAAAAGAAGCGCGCAGCUGCCCUGGGAAUAGUUGUAUCUGGGUCAUCUAUCGGAGGAAUUGUCAUCCCUAUCGCGGUAUCAAGGAUGCUGAAUAGCUCAUCUCUAGGUUUUGGUUGGACAGUGAGAAUAAUCGGCUUCAUUUUCAUUCCCUUGAUGGGAUUUGCAAUCAUCGCCGUUACGGCUCGACUCCCUCCACGAUCAAGUAACUUUUUUAUCACCGCCGCCUUCAAAGACAAGAAAUACGUCAUGCUUAUUGCGGCGCUAUUCUUCAUGUUCCUUGGCAUGUUCACACCUCUAUUCUAUAUUCCUUCCUACGCUGUUUAUAGGGGAAUGGACACGACUCUAGCUGGCUACAUGCUAGCAAUUCUCAACGCUUCUUCCACUUUCGGCCGUAUCAUACCUGGUAUACUAGCAGAUAAAUACGGCAGGCUGAACAUUUUUAGUCUUGGUGGUAUCGCUACUGCCAUCCUUAUUUUGUGUAUGAACAAAGUAACCUCCAACGCGGCCCUGAUUGUCUACGCAAUUAUUAUCGGAUUUGCAUCGGGAACAAUUGUGUCAGGCGCUGCAACGGCUUUUUCCACUUGUCCCGAGAGCCCUCGAGAUUUGGGAACUUACAUGGGUAUGGGAAUGGCUAUUAGUUCUCUUGCAACUCUGCUGGGCCCGCCAGUUGAAGGAGUCCUUCUAGAUCACUAUGGCGGAUACCUUCAAAUCUCGAUCUUCAGCGGGGUUCUAUGUUUGGUUGGUGGAAUAAUCGCGUUUUUCACUAAGAUGACUACUCCCCAAGGGCUACGAGGCUGGGUGUGA